AUGGAAAUUAUUGAAAUUAGAAUUGGAAAUAAUAAUAAUGAUAUUAUAAUAUCAAUUAUUAAAAAAUGGAUAAAAGAAAAUGAAAUUUUUAUUGAAAUUAAAAAUUUAUUAUUAUCAUCAUCAAUUAUAUUAAAGAAAAUUGAUUACUUUAAUGAAAUUAAAAGAUUUUCGUACAUUGAGUACCAAAUUUAUUUUAAUGAAAAUAAAAUUAAAAACGAUAAAAAUUGGACAUGCAAAGAAUUAAUACCAAACCACACAAAUAAUAGAAUGAUUUUAUUUUUUGGUAAUGGAAGUAAAAAUAAAUUAAAAGAAGAAUCUUCAACUAUUAAAUUUAUUAAUAAUAAAAAUUAUUUAAAUUCAAAUAAUUUUAAAAAAGUUAAUAUAGUUUCAAUUAUGAUUGAAAAUGAAAAAAUAGUUGGAGAAAAUGAACCAUUAUUAUUAAAUGAAAAUAUAAAUAUAUCAACAACAACAAUAACAACUAGGAAUAAUAAUGAAAAUUUAAAUAAUAAUAAUAAUUCAAAAUUAUCAUUUUUUUUAAUAUUUAAUGUUUCAUUUUCAGUAUUAAGUACAUUACAAUUUGGAUAUAAUACAGGUGUUAUAUCACCAACUAUUUUAGAUAUACAAACUAUAUUUGGAUUAAAUGUUAAUGAAAAAUCAAUGUUAGUUAGUAGUGUAUUAUUUGGAGCAAUGUUGGGAUCAUUUUUAUCAGGAUUCUUUGUUGAUAUUUUUGGUAGAAAAAAGACACUACUUGGAAAUAAUUUAUUUUAUUUACUUGGACCAUUGUUAUGCUCAGUUGGAAAAAACUAUGCAACUCUAUUGAUUGGUAGAUUAAUAACGGGUGUUGGCGUUGGUAUUGCGUCAUCGGUUGUGCCAUUAUAUAUUACAGAGAUAUCACCACCAUCAUUUAGAGGUUCAUUAGGAUUACUUAGACAAAGUACAGUGACAUUGGGUAUUAUGUUAUCGUCAUUGUUUGCCUAUGGUUUAUUAGUUUAUUCAAAUGGUUGGAGAUACACAUUCGCAAUUGCGUCGAUUCCAUCACUAUUUCAAUUCAUACUUGGUUAUUGGUUUGUUGAGUCACCAAGAUGGCUAGUUUCAAAGAAUAGAGAGGAUGAAGCUAAACAAAUAAUGAAAAAGAUUGAACCACACGUUAGUGAAGAUUUAAUAGAUUUACAAAUCACUAGAAUUCGGUCAAGUGUUUUAGAACAAAAAGGAAAUGACAACUGGUUACAGUUAUUCCAAUAUCAGUAUUUAAAAAUCUAUAUCAUUGGUUUCGGGUUAAAUAUGCUUCAACAAUUUGUUGGUAUCAAUUGUGUUAUCUACUAUAGUGGUAUAAUAUUGGAGGAUGCAGGGUUCGCCAAGAAUGCUGCCGUGUUAAUUGGUGCAUUGGUUGGUAUACCACAAUUGGUGAUGUUGUUGAUAUCAGUUUGGUUAAUUGAUAGAUUCGGUAGAAAACCAUUACUACUUGUUGGUUGCAUUGGUAUGAUCAUUGGUUUGGCCGUAUUGGGUUACCCAUUCUAUGAUAACUCAAAUCCAACUGGUAAAAUUGAUAAUACUAAAAAAGGUUGGAUCGCUGUUGCUGGUAUGAUUUUCUUUAAACUUAUGUUUUCAAUGGGUCUUGGUCCAAUACCUGCUUUAAUCGGGUCAGAGAUUUUCCCUUCAAAAAUUCGUGGUAAAGCAAUGGCAAUCUCUCAACUCUUAAAUUGGGCUGCAAAUUGUAUUGUCAAUUCAAUGUAUUUACAUAUGGUAAAUUCAAAACUUGGUCAAGCUGGUACUUUCUGGUUCUUUGGUGGUAUUUCUAUCAUUACAUUUUUCUUUGUUUUAAUAUUAGUACCUGAAACUAAAAAUGUGCAAAUUGAAGAACUUUCAAAAAGAUUACUUUUAAAAAAUAAAUAA